CGGCAGCGGCCGCCGCAGCGGGGCAGGGCCGCACUGAGGAGCGCGGCCGGAGCGAGAGCGGGAGUCGGACCCGGAGACGCCGUCGCGGCCGGAGCUGGGUUUGUCUGCGGAUUUUGAGCAUCUGAAGUUGACCUCUGUGUUAAGCAUUCGCUGCUGCUCCCUCACUGCCUGAAGAGAUGUCUGUCGCUUACGAUGAUGCCGUUGGAGUGGAAGUGUCCAGCGAUAGCUUCUGGGAGGUUGGGAACUACAAGCGGACCGUGAAGCGGAUAGACGAUGGCCACCGUCUGUGCAGCGACCUCAUGAACUGCCUGCACGAACGGGCGCGCAUUGAGAAGGCGUACGCACAGCAGCUCACCGAGUGGGCACGGCGCUGGAGGCAGCUCGUGGAGAAGGGGCCCCAGUAUGGAACGCUGGAGAAGGCCUGGACGGCAGUCACGUCCGAGGCGGAGAAGGUGAGCGAGCUGCACCUGGAGGUGAAGGCCUCGCUGAUGAGUGAGGACUUCGAGAAGAUCAAAAACUGGCAGAAGGAAGUCUUUCACAAGCAGAUGAUGGGAGGCUUCAAGGAGACCAAAGAAGCCGAGGAUGGCUUUCGGAAGGCACAGAAGCCCUGGGCCAAGAAGCUGAAAGAGGUAGAAGCAGCAAAGAAGGCCUACCACGCGGCUUGCAAAGAGGAGAAGUUGGCCACAUCACGAGAAACCAAUAGCAAAGCGGACCCAUCCCUCAACCCUGAGCAGCUUAAGAAGUUGCAAGACAAAGUAGAAAAAUGCAAGCAAGACGUUCUGAAGACCAGAGAGAAGUACGAGAAGUCCCUGAAGGAGCUUGACCAGGGCACGCCGCAGUACAUGGAGAACAUGGAGCAGGUGUUUGAGCAGUGCCAGCACUUUGAGGAAAAGCGUCUGCGCUUCUUCCGGGAAGUUCUGCUGGAGGUUCAGAAGCACCUAGACCUGUCAAACGUGGCCAGCUACAAGAACAUUUACCGUGACCUGGAGCAGAGCAUCAAAGCUGCCGACGCGGUGGAGGACCUGAGGUGGUUCAGAGCCAACCAUGGGCCAGGCAUGUCCAUGAACUGGCCACAGUUUGAGGAAUGGUCUGCAGACCUGAAUCGAACCCUCAGCCGGAGAGAGAAGAAGAAGGCCGCUGACGGCGUCACCCUGACAGGCAUCAACCAGACAGGUGACCAGGCUCUGCAGAACAAGCCCAGCAGUGACCUUAGUGUCCUGAGCAGGCCCGCGCAGCCACCGUCCAGCUCCAACCCCUUCGAGGAUGAGGACGACACGGAGAGCACCGUCAGCGAGAAGGAGGACAUUAAGGCCAAAAACGUGAGCAGCUACGAGAAGACCCAGAGCUACCCCACCGACUGGUCAGAUGAUGAGUCUAACAACCCGUUCUCCUCCACGGACGCCAAUGGGGACUCAAACCCAUUUGACGAGGAUGCCACCUCGGGGACAGAAGUGCGGGUCCGGGCCCUUUAUGACUAUGAAGGGCAGGAGCAUGAUGAGCUGAGCUUCAAGGCGGGGGAGGAGCUGACCAAGCUAGAAGACGAGGAUGAGCAGGGCUGGUGCAAGGGGCGCUUGGACAGCGGGCAGGUCGGCCUGUACCCAGCCAACUACGUCGAGGCGAUCCAGUGACGGGCCAGCCGGCUGGCGGGCGGAGAGCGGAGGCAGGGGUCCCAGGAGCUGCGUUGGCCGUCGGCCCUGGACAGCGGCACCCCGGCGGCAGUCGGCUGGGUGAGCGUCCGCUCCUUUUCCUGCAACACAUGCUGGCUCCGUUGCUCUUGGCUUCAUGGUGUCUCUCCGAGGCAGACGAGCUGGUCGUUUCAUCCGGGACUCAGCACCUCUCCGCACACUGUGCAGACAGAGAGGUCUGAGCGCCGGAAGACAGUACGACAGGACUCGCCCCACACCCCCAUCCCGCUCACUGUGCGUGUCGGCUUAUCAUGGAUCUGUCUGUUCUUGACCUUGUCUUUCCUCCUCUCCUCUGAAGCAAUGGUGGGUUCCACUGAUUCUUGUUCUGCUGAUUACUUCCUCUGAUGCGUCGCAUCAUCCGCAACUUAAAUGAACAAACUUACAUGC